CUUUUUUUUUUUUUUUUUUUUUUCAUUUUUGUCUUUGUCUUUUUCGUCUCUGCCUCCGGUUCUCCCCCCCCCCUUUGCUCUCGAAUGGCGCUUCAGCUACAGCCUCCAUCUCAGAAUGAGAACUACGAAGACUACCUGCGGACAUCGGUCGUCCAACCAGUGCUCCAAAACGUUGUCUCAACAGCCAACCUCGGCGUAACAUUGGAUCUCAAGACCAUCACGAUGCAAGCACGCAAUGCAGAAUACAAUCCUAAGCGUUUCGCCGCCGUUAUUAUGCGCAUCCGCGAACCCAAGACGACUGCAUUGAUUUUUGCGUCGGGCAAGAUGGUAUGCACGGGUGCAAAGAGCGAGCACGACUCAAGAGAGGCGGCACGGAAGUUUGCCAAAAUCAUCCAAAAAGUGGGCUAUAAGAACGCCAAGUUCCUCGAUUUCAAAAUCCAAAACAUGGUAGCAAGCUGCGAUGUCAAGUUUCCCAUUCGACUGGAAGGCUUGGUCCUCGGCCACUCUACUUUUGCUAGCUACGAGCCCGAAAUUUUCCCGGGUCUUGUUUAUCACAUGGUUUCGCCAAAGGUGGUCCUGUUGAUCUUUGUAUCAGGCAAGGUUGUCCUGACUGGUGCCAAGGAAAAGGAGCAAAUUACAACUGCAUUCAACAACAUUUAUGCUGUAUUGAAAGAGUACAAGAAGGAUGUGCCUCAAUUGCAACAAGCUUGAGCGACCUCGAUUGUAUUUGGUUUGACGACAUGAUGAAGCGGCGUUUUGCGACGGCCUGAGGCUUUGUCGUGGCUGGCGCGUGCAAUACCCCUGUUGGUUGUGUGCGCUACUUUGUAAUUUUAAAAUCCGAUUUCCACAUGAACGA